CUCGGAGAUAACACCGAAUAAUUUGUUUCAAUUCCCCCUCAGACUUCAUAAUACAUCACACUUCUCAAUUCUGUCGUGAAGAAAUAUUCGACCACCUUGGACUGGUAACAUUGUAUCAAGCAGGCACAAGAAUGGUAAGUAAAACAAGCGGUUACAUAAAUUGUUCGACUUUCGUGAGAGCGUCAACAUCGACCGUUAACAAAUUUUCGCAUGCAAAUGUUGGCUUUACACAUAUUUUACAAUAGUAUGGAUCAUAUCGAUGAUGCUAUAUUUGUGAGACAACAGCCAUCGAUGAAAAUAAAUCAGUGCUCACAGAUAACCCUUUUCUAGCUGGAUUAAACCUAUAUAGAAAUUUCUCAAAUUAUUCUCGUUCGUGUCCAAGGUUAUGAUUGAGUAAAAGUAUUACUUUUUUCUUCUCAGGUGAAAAGAGAAUGUAAACAACACUUUGCGAUUAAUUAUUUACACAUUCUGACUUUUAAAAAAAUAUUUGAGUCUUUCAGAAUCGAGUCUGUCUGUCACAUUAAACUGAAAUUUCUCAACUCAAUCGUUUUCAUUGGUUUCUGAUCGUUAUUUUGAAUAAACGGCAAAGAAACGGUAUACAUUUAUGCCAGGUGUGUGGGGAAGUGUAAACACACAAAAAUGUAUUUUGACACAAAAAAUGUAUUUUGACAAUAAAACGCGUAUCAGUCGGCGGAAGAAAAUGUUUUCGACUGGAUUAUGUUGGCGUCCUUUCGUUUUCACUGAAAUGUGUGUCAGAGUGCUGAGGCAAGUUUUCAAUUUUACGCCAAUUAACCCUUCGCAUGACUAGAUCAAUUCGAGGAAACGGUAAUUGUCUGUAAAUUAAACCUAAAAUUCCACGUGUCUUAAGGAGGAAAUUUUCACUGUUGAAGAGAAGCAAAAUUAUUGCUUGGUUUACUGUACAUAAGAUUUUUUCCCCUUCUAAAACAAGUCGCAUGGUAUUAUUGUCCAAAAUUAGUUGCUUCGUUGAUGUAUCAGAAAUAUGAAUCUUCCUAAAUUCACCCCUUCUUCUCUAUUUUUUUUAUUGUUGUUUAAUUUGUUUAUUUGUUUCCCUCAGGAUAAACUUACUGAAGAGCAAAUUCAAGGUGAGGUUAUCCCUGCACUCAAUAAAUUCAAUGCAAAAUGUUUUAAACAGCAGAAUUCAAUCCUACUUUUGAAGGCAAAAAACGAAAUACCAUUUCUAGUUAUCGAGUAUUAUGUGAUGUUGCCUAUAUACUGAUUGCUUUUCCAUUAAGUGUCCGAGACUCGGACAAAACAGUUCGUACACGGACCAAAGUGUCAAACGUUAAAAACUGCAUGGACACCAGGGUCUAAAAUACGGAGGCAUUGGCAAGCGUCCGAAUAAGAUGAAACCGUCCCAAAAACGGUCGCAAGUGUCCGAAAUCAGGAUCCGUCUGAAAAUGUACGAAAUCAUCCAAAAUCUGGCUAGAAGGCCUGAUAUCGAUAUCGUUUGAUUUCGAUUCUUGCGUCCGUUUCUGGACUGCUCCGUUCGAUUGUGGACGUUUUAGAUAAGGUUGCAUUCUAUCUCGGACGCUUAAAAUUUGUGAUGAGUUUCUGUAUCUUUUGUGCAAAGUUUCCCUAAGCGGUAUUUUUCAGUUAUUUAUUUAUUUAUUGUUAAUCAAGAGUACAGAGAUGCAUUUCAACACUUUGACAAGGACAGCAGUGGUUUCAUUACCACCAAAGAAUUAGGAAAUGCCAUGCGCUCUCUUGGCGAAAAUCCACGCGAAGAAGACCUACAGAUGAUGAUUAACAGCGUGGACAUUGAUGGUAAGUAAACUAGCCAAUCAGACACACAGAUAGAACGAUUGAUAGACAGACAGACUGGUAGACUGACAGACUGACAGACCGACAGACUGAUAGACCGACAGACUGACAGACCGACAGACUGACAGACCGACAGACUGACAGACCGACAGACUGACAGACCGACAGACUGACAGACUGACUGACUGACUGAUAGACAGGCCCUGCUCUUGAGGGUUCGAUCAAGAGCUUUCUGCCUCCUUCAAUUUAUUGAGUUUAAACCUCUUUCAUUUUCAGGAAAUGGUCAGAUGGAUUUUGAGGAAUUUGUCAAGUUGAUGGUGGCAAAAAAUCAGUUUUCUUUCAACGAGGAGGAAGCCAAAGAAGCAUUUCAUAUAUUUGAUCGCGACUGCCGAGGCUUUGUGAUGUCGGAUGAACUACGACAAGUCUUUCAGACCCUUGAGGAAAAAAUUCCGGAUCAUGAAAUCAAUGAAAUGUUACAAGAUCAAAAGCAUCAGUUUCAGAGGAAGAUAACUUUUGAUGGUGAGUAUAAAAACAAAAUCAAGAAUAAACGCGCUGACUUAAACUCGUAAAGCUCUCACAGUCGAGACUGCGUCACGUGAGCCAUUGAAAAGUAAGUGAUUAAAAAAUAAUUGAUGUUAGUGAGCUGCGUAAAACUCUGGGACAUUGGUCAGAUCUAAGUCCGCGUGGCGUUCUAAUAUCAAUAUUUUGGUGGUCGCCGUGUUUAGCUCCUCAUAUAAUUAAGUCAUCAUUUAAAGUAUUUAUCGGAGAUAUUCCCCGCUUUGUAAUGAAGUACUUAUCUAUCAAAUUUAUCAGAUAAACGAGAGAGAUCGUGACGUUGCCGUAUCAAUCAAGGUUAAAUGACUGUGGCUCUCAAUCGAGAGGAAUAAAUGUACUUAACAGCACUAGUUCUAGUCAUUCAUGCGACUCUUCAAUUCCGGUAGUUCAAAUUUACCCAUGCAAGUUACCCCUUCACAAGUAAAACAUAAUGUAACUACAAUCUUCUAAAGAGUUUUUUUAAGCUUGUUUUGUAUUCGUUUCCAUUUUUUUGUAUUAAUCUGUUAUCUGAUAGAUAUAUAUUUUAUGUGUUUUAGGAUGUAAAAGAAUCAAACCUCUUACCUUUUCUUCACAGAUUUUUUUCAAAUGACCAAAGAAGGUGUCUGCCCUAAGGAGUCCAAGCAAAAGGAGAAAGAGCCUGCUCGCCCAAAAUAUGCACGGAGACGGCAAAAGUUUUAUAUCUACAGCUAAACCCUUUGGUGAUGGUACUGUUUGUGUUAUGCGAUGGGAUCUGUUUUGUUCAAAUAAUUUUGUCAGCUCUUCCAGUAAACCUUUAACGCUCUUGUAUGAAGCAAAGAUGGAAUUAUUUAAAAACCUUCUUCGCAUGCGUUCAUAUACAUUCAAUACGUGACGUGAUUCUUCUUAAGUAAUCUUAAAAUCCCAACUCUCGUACCAUUUCCGAAGCCACCAGCGUGAUCGAGAGAAAAUCGAUUUGUACUCACGUAAACAUGCCAUUUCUAAGAUGAGUAUAUGUCGCAUAAAUCCAAAGAAACUGAAUUGCUCGAGUCUAUGAAAACUUCUUAGGAAUUCUCUUUCGUAUGACCUAUGAAUGGGAAAUCACGCUCAUUUAACUUUCCACUGCUGUACUGUAACGUAAUGAUCUACGGGAAGUCCGUGAUAAAGGUUGAAGUCCGUGAUAAAGCGUGAAGAUUGUGCUGACCAUGACGUCAUGAUUAUUGUUAUCUAGGAUGUUGUGGACAUUUUUCUCUACUCAAGAUGACAAUGAUUCAAGUAUACGGU